UUUGCCAUUUUAGGGUUAGGUUUUAUACGUGCAUCAAUUUCAUUUCUACUUGUUUGUUCACUCAGUUAAUCGUACGAUGUAGUUUGGUUAUGUUUAUAUUAGUUAUGUAGUUUCUAUUUUGAAUGUUGUUGUGAAUUAUGGUCUAGUUAUAAGGACUGUUUUGAUGCUUGCUUGGUUUAGUAUUAAUUUGUUCAACAGAAUUGUUACCCAGAAUUGCUUCACGGUUUCUGCGAACUUGUUACAAUGGUUCCGUGAAUGGAACGGGUUGGCACACUUGUACAUUACCACUGCAGCGCUUGAACCAGGACAACAUUAAGACAUGGCUGUGGUGAAUGGUGUGAUGGUUAGCUUCAUACCAGAAAUGGAGCAAGUUAUCAGCCAACUGGAGAGGGGAACGGUGGUGACACGAUUCUACCCCAGAAAGAGGCCUGAGAAAAAAACCCUUAUGAUCAGGAGAGAAACGAGGCAGAUUGUUUGGGCACGCUCUGCAAGUACAAGGUCAUUUGAAGGAGCAGUUGAGAUGAGAGAAGUUCAUGAAAUUCGAGUGGGAAAAAAUUAUAAGGAUUUUGAGCGAUGGCCGGAGGAAGCAAAACGCAUUGAAAAUCUUCGGUGUUUCGUCGUCUUCUAUGGUUCAGAGUUUAAACUCAAGUCACUAUCCAUAGCAGCUCUGUCGGAGAAAGAAUGUGAACUAUGGGUUAAGGGGUUGAGACAUCUUGUCCCAGACACGAUUCAUGCACCUUACCCUCUCCAAGUGGAACGAUGGUUGAGAAAAGAAUUUUACGCCAUGGAAAAUAGCAGGGAAAUAGUCACACUGAAGGAUCUAAAGGGAUUUUUACCCCGUGUUAACUGUAAAAUAUCUACUAAUAAAUUAAGGGAAGUCUUCCAAGAAGUAGACACAAGAAAGAGAAAUGAACUGGGAUUUGAUGAUUUUGCAGAACUUUAUCACAAAUUGAUGUUCGAUGAAAGUAUAUUCCAUGAGAGGUUAGAAUCUUACAGUGAUGGAGGGAAGGUUGUGAGUGUCCAGCAGCUGACCAGGUUCCUGGUGACGGAGCAGGGAGAGAGGGUGGAGGAGAGGGAAGUCUCCCGUCACAUGCGGGAAUAUCUGCAGGAUCCCCAGCGCAAUGUGCAGGAGCCUUACUUCACCACUACUGAGUUCAUGGACUUCUUGUUCUCCAAGCAGAAUGAACUAUGGGACCAAAAGUACGACCAGGUGUACCAGGAUAUGACCCGACCAUUGUCACAUUAUUGGAUAGCUUCUUCUCAUAACACAUAUCUAACUGGGGACCAGUUCUCCAGUGAGUCGUCGGUGGAAGCUUAUGUGCGUUGUCUGAGAAUGGGCUGCCGCUGUAUAGAAUUGGAUUGUUGGGACGGACCUGACGGCAUGCCCAUAGUUUAUCACGGACAUACACUAACUAGUCGCAUCAAGUUCCUAGAUGUUGUACGGACGAUACGAGAACACGCCUUUGUCACAUCAGACUUCCCAGUAAUCCUGUCCAUUGAAGACAACUGUUCUCUGCCGCAACAACGGAAUAUGGCUGCUACAAUGCAAGAAGUCUUUGGUGACCUUCUACUUGUACAUCCUGUGGAGAAGAAUGAGACCAAACUGCCAUCACCAGCUCAGCUCUUCCGCAAGAUUCUGCUGAAACAUAAGAAACUGCCGGAGGGAGCAGAUGAAGCUGCUCUUCUCAUGCGUUCUGAGGAAGGUCGAGGAGAAAUGGACUUAAGAACGACUGUCAAAAAUGGUGUCCUUUACCUCGAAGAUCCAGUUGAUAAGGAAUGGAACCCUCACUUCUUUGUUCUCACUCAGAAUAAGCUGUUCUACACUGAUAGUUUUCAUGGUGAUGAAGAAACUGAUGAUGACGGUGAAAAUGAAGAAGAUGAAAACCAUUCUGGAUUCCAAAGACCAAAAGAGGGGGUACCUAAUGAUGAGUUGCACUUUGGAGAGAAGUGGUUCCAUGGGAAGCUGGCAGGGGGCAGGAGUGAGGCAGAAGACUUGCUGCGUAAAUACUCUCGUCUGGGUGACGGCACUUUUCUAGUUAGAGAGAGUGAGACGUUUGUGGGGGAUUAUUCACUUUCAUUCUGGCGGCAAGGAAAAGUUAACCACUGCCGAAUUCGAUCCAAGCAGGACAGGGGACAAACCAAAUACUUCUUGAUAGAUAGCAACUGCUUUGAUUCAUUAUACAGCCUUAUCACUCAUUACCGGAGUCACCCACUGAGAAGUCAGGAGUUCUUGAUAACUCUGAAGGAGCCCGUGCCACAGCCUAACAAACAUGAGGGUAAGGAGUGGUACCACCCCCUGGCUACGAGGUCAACAGCUGAGGAGCUCCUCAAGAAAGUGCCUUCAGAGGGAGCUUUCCUGGUCAGGCCUAGUGACAAGGACCACAAUGCAUACACGAUAUCCUUCAGAGCUGAAAAGAAGAUCAAGCACUGCAGAAUCAAGGUGGAGGGCCGAUUGUAUACGAUAGGGACUGUACAGUUUGAGAGCUUGGUGGAGCUAGUCAGCUACUAUGAGAGACAUCCCCUGUACCACAAGGUCAAACUCUGGUACCCGGUCAGUGAGGAGCAUGUGCACCGGUUAGCUCUGGAAGCAGACGAUGGGACUGUAUCCGGGACUCCAGGUUACAUCGAUCCCAGCAGUUUCACAUCCAAGAUCACAGUAAAAGCCAUAUACGAUUACCAGGCUCGCCAUGAUGAUGAACUGUCAUUCUGUAAACACGCAAUUAUCACCAACGUGAACAAGCAGGAUGGAGGGUGGUGGAGGGGGGACUACGGUGGGAAACGACAGCACUGGUUCCCCUCCAACUACGUGGAGGAGAUUGAGCCUCAGCAGGACAGAGAUGACAGUUCGACAGACUCCAUGUUCCUGGGGAACCUACAGAAGGGCAGUCUUGAUGUGAUGGGUGCUGUGGUAGAGUUGGCAAUGACCGGGCGGCCAGGACUGGAGUGGGUACUGAGGAUACAGGUGCCCAGCAUGUGUACAGCAUUCGAGGUGGCAGCUCCUACACGUGACCAGGCUCUCGAGUGGAUGUCAGCCAUCAAAGAGACUGCCCAGACUGCCAUUGUCAGAGAAAGCCAAAACAAAGAAAUGGAACGCACUUGGAGGAUUGCCAAAGAGAUGUCUAAUUUAAUAAUUUACUGUAGAUCUGUGGCUUUCAAUAUGGAGAGGAUACGGCAAAAAGGUUUUAUAUACAAUGAGAUGUCCUCGUUCCCAGAAACAAAAGCAGAGAAAGUAAUCUGUCAGCAAGAGAGCAAGUUCUUUUUGAAAUAUCACCAGUUUCAGUUUAGUCGAGUUUAUCCAAAAGGGCAAAGAAUAGAUUCGUCCAACUACAAUCCAGUACCGAUAUGGAACACUGGCUGUCAGAUGGUGGCACUGAACUACCAAACACCGGAUAAAGCAAUGCAGUUGAACCAAAGCAAGUUCCGGCUGAAUGGUAAUUGUGGCUACGUGCUGCGGCCGGACUUCAUGUUCCAUCCUGACUACGAGCCCACAGAACCCAGUGGCCUGCUGGGAGUGGAACCUGUGUCUGUUUCCAUCCAGGUGAUAGCAGCCCGUCAUCUGAUUCGUUCCGGCCGUGGCACCACCAGCCCCUUUGUUGACAUAGAGUUGCUGGGUGCAGACUACGACACCGGCACCAAGCUCACCACCAAGACUGUCUCGGACAAUGGCCUAAACCCUGUGUGGAACGACUCUUGUGACUUUGACAUAAUCAACCCACAUCUGGCACUACUCAGGUUUCAGGUCCAGGACGAAGACAUGUUUGGAGACUCAAACUUUAUUGGGCAAGCAACUUAUCCUGUGGUUGCUCUACGCACUGGCUACAGAAGUGUGCCUCUACGGAAUGGAUUUUCAGAAGAGAUGGAACUGGCAACUCUUCUUAUCCACAUAACAAUAAGACAUGGCAAGCCUCUCAGAGGAGAUGCUGGUAGAUGCCACACCAGCAACCACAUGGCACGAGGGGUUGGAGAUGGAGAGUCCUCGGAAGCUGACUGAUGAUUGAUAACAUCAAGACUGACCUACCACUAACAGUUAUGUUUCCUUGAGAACUUCCUGUGUUUUUUUGAGUUGUAGGGCUCAAAGGGUUAAAUUUUUACAGCCUCUCAGAGGAGAUGCUGGUAGAUGCCACACCAGCAACCACAUGGCACGAGGGGUUGGAGAUGGAGAGUCCUCGGAAGCUGACUCAUGAUUGAUAACAUCAAGACUGACCUACCUCUAACAGUUAUGUUUCUUAAGAACUUCCUGUGUUUUUUUUGAGUUGUAGGGCUCAAAGGGUUAAAUUUUUACAGCCUCUCAGAGGAGAUGCUGGUAGAUGCCACACCAGCAACCACAUGGCACGAGGGGUUGGAGAUGGAGAGUCCUCGGAAGCUGACUGAUGAUUGAUAACAUCAAGACUGACCUACCUCUAACGGUUAUGUUUCCUUGAGAACUUCCAAUCACCUGCUGCUGUCUUAAUCUGUUUAUUUGUUUUUCAUACUGUAAUGGGCAGGGACCUAUCAAGUUAAGUGUUAUAUAACUGGGAAUCUACUAUGUAGAAUAUGGUUAUUCCAUAAGCAUAAGUGAACAAAGCUGGUACGAAAAUUGACAAUUGCUUCAAUUUCAUUCUAUAUCAGCAGCUAUUAAGGAUAUUGGAUCAUUAUACAUAAUUUUAUUGGAUCAUUUUGUACAAAAAAUCAUAAUGAACAAAGUUGAUAUAUUUAUACUCUAUUUUAAGUUAGAUUUGUUAUUUUAUGCGUGUUUAUUUUAAUUUUAUCUCAUUUUAUUUUAUUUUUAGUUUUUGGAUCAGAUUAUAUAUUAAUAUACUUUUAAUUAAAUAGAGUUGACUCUAUACAGUCAGUAUUUCUGUUUUACUCUGGAAUGAUAGCAACAAAUGGCAGCAAUCAAUCAAAUGGACUGAUUUAUUAUUUAGUGGUUUGUGUCUUACGGUGAUGGAUAGUGUGUAUAGCCUUCUUACUGUCUGUUCUAGUAAUGGUUUUAUUUGGGAAUGGUAUAUGUUUAACACGUUUGUAAAAGAUUAAGUCAAACAACUAAUUUUAAAUUACAAAAACGUAUAACAUACCAGCUCGUACUGGUAAAUUAAUGAAGCUUUCUGACGCAAUUGUUCUUUUUCUACCAUUCCCUCACAAAGAAAAUAUAUUGUAUGCAGAUUAUAUUUACAAAUAAUAUUCCGUUCCAUAAUAUCUUCUUUUUACGCAGAGAUAGGCUACUGUAGAGUUCAGUGUAUUAAUUGUGUAUGUUUGGACGCAACAGUUUCAAAAACUUUCAGGAUGCAACUCCAGAUUUCUCUGUAAACUGGAAUUACUCUAUACAUCUAAAAUUCCUUGUGAUAAAACCCCUUCCAUAUAGUGAAAUUUAGAAAAUGACAUUGAGUUUCACCAUGGUUAAGAAUAGUAACAUGCAAUGAUUUCUUAGAUUGAAAAUUGUGUGUUUCUAAUCUCAUCUAGAAUAUUUUAUAGACAAAUAUUUAAAAACUGGGUAUACAAAUCAUUGAUUAUAAUUACAGUAUGAAAUGUUUGUAAUUUUUAAUAUUAAUAAAUUUUAGGAAAAAUCAGUUAUAUUCUGUGUCACAUCCAUUCAUCUCUUGGAUAUGGGAACAAAUUAUUAUUCUUUAUCUCCCACGUCCUUUUUAAAUCACUUUGUGACUGUAAGUUUCUUAAUGAAAUUAUUUUGUUCUAUUUACAAGUUAAAAGUAGUGUCGUUUCUGCAUUUCACUCUUCAAAUACUUACAAGAUGUAGCCACAGCAGUAACACUGACUUGUAAGCUAACAAUGAUCUUUACACCUAUUUACACGGACCAUUUCGUCGUUCCUCCAUUUCACUAUUCAAACACCUACAAGUUCUAGCCACAGCUGCAACUCAGUAAAUUACAAGAGCAAUUGUACCAUUGCCUCAUUUUCCAGUCUGCUAAUGUAAAUCACUGUCUUUGCUAUGUUUCAAUGUACGUUUCUUCUGCUUUUAGUGAAUAGUUUCUGUUAAUUACUGUUAUUAACAUUCACAUUUUAUUUAUUCUCAAUGUUAUUUUAUUUUUUAAUCCAGUUAAAUUUAUUGUUGAAAAAUGACUUGUCAUUAUUUUAAUUAUAUUGACAUUCAAUAAAAAAUUCUUAAAUCUACUCAUGUAAACUUAUAUUAAACAUAAUAAUUUAUGAACCUCGCCAAUAUGCUUAGCUAAGAUAUUUAGUUCAACCAUCACGUAAGACAAUGAUUAUUGCACAAGUUGUGUUUAGUUUCUCGUACAGAAAGCAUGUCUUCCAUGAUGUUGUAUCGCAUGUAAAAUGUACCUGUGUAAAGACUGUUUGUCUUGUGAUGAUGCAUCUAAUAAAGAAAGUCAGGGUUUUUAAUCAGUCUGAUGCUAUUGAGCUUUGUUUAAAUUCUCACAGAUAUUUUGACACAAAAAUACUGAUUUUUGUGUAAGGUUGCAACUUUUGUAGACUACCAAAGUUUGUUGUUUGCUUUUCAAACCUGAACUGUUCAAUAAAUAAAGUUGUAAUAUCGGUGGAAUGUUCACAUCGGAUGUCCCACAGAAGUAUCUUCAAACACAAUGAGCAAAGCAUUUUUGUGGUGUCAGAUUUUGUUACAAAAUUUUCAUUACCACAUGAAAAACAUUUUUACAAUCUUUGUUUUGUUUGUUCUAACUUAGGAUUAAUAUAAAUAUUUAAAUUUCUGGUAGACUGUUCGGUAGAUUGGAAUCAUGCAUGAGUUUUGUGCUAGAUAAGUGUUGGUACUUGACGAGAAAGUUGCCUGUGUUUCUCUCAAGUUUUUUUACUAUUAUUCCAUUUUUAGUUUUAUAUUUUUUACACUGUUAUGUUCAAUUAAUAUGUUCUUUACAUAAUUCUUUUAAGAUAUUGUUUAGUGUUUAGUCUAUCAUAAUUGUAUCAUAUAUUUUAUAGCAUUAUUUAUGUACUAUUUUGUAUAUUAUUGUAGUUGGUAGUGAGCAAAUCUAUGUUUUAUAUGUAUUGAAUUGUUCUUAUUAGUUUAAUUUGUGCAUUAAACUUGUUGUUUAACUCGUGAA